AUGUGUAUAGAUUAUCGGCAGUCGAAAAAAGUCACCAUCAAGAACAAGUAUCCAUUGCUGAGGAUUGAUGAUUUAUUUGAUCAGCUUCAGGGUGCCAAGGUGUUUUCGAAGAUUGAUUUGAGAUAUGGCUACCAUCAGUUGAGGAUUAGGGCAUUUGAUGUCCCUAAGACAGCUUUUCAGACUCGGUACGGGCAUUAUGAGUUUCUGGUGAUGUCCUUUGGGUUGACAAAUGCCCCAGCAGCAUUCAUGGAUUUGAUGAACCGAUUGUUGAAGCCUUAUUUAGAAUCCUUUGUGAUCAUGUUUAUUGAUGAUAUCUUGAUCUACUCCCGCAGUCGAGAGGAGCAUGAGUAUCAUCUCAGACUUGUUAAUGACACUCUGAGAGCCAGCCAGUUGUAUGCUAAAUUUUCAAAGUGCGAGUUUUUGUUGGAUUUAGUCGCUUUCUUGCGGCACAUUGUAUCAGUAGAGGGCAUUUAG